AAAAGAAGAAGAAGAAGCUCAAACCGCAGCCUCGACUGAUAACAUCCCCUCACAUAUCUCUUUUCCUCAGCCGCUUCUUCUUCGCUUCGUGAUUUCGCAAGUCGGAGCGAGAGAGGCGGACUGGAACUCCUCCAGCUGCGGACAUGACGGAGGACGCUCCGACGCACGGAUCGUCUCUGCGCUCUUCUGCAAUCUGCAACAAUCCGAGGCCACUUUCAUUAAUGCCACCCAGGAUGGCGAUCCAAACCGCUUAAUUCUCCACAUUUUUGCGACUCUUUUCGUGUUUGGAUCCUCCACCUCUUCGCUGUUGGGGGAGUGGAUCCAGUCGUGGCCAUGCAGCAGGAGCGUCUCCUCAAAGUCCUGGUCAUCGGAGACCUGGGCGUGGGGAAGACCUCCAUCAUCAAGCGCUACGUGCACCAGGUGUUCUCCCAGCACUACCGGGCCACCAUCGGGGUGGACUUCGCCCUCAAGGUGCUGCAGUGGGACCAGCACACCGUGGUGCGGCUGCAGCUCUGGGACAUCGCCGGGCAGGAGCGCUACGGCAACAUGACGCGGGUGUACUACCGGGAGGCGGUGGGCGCGCUGGUCGUCUUCGACAUGACCCGGCUCUCCACCUUCCAGGCGGUCCUCAAGUGGAAGGGGGACCUGGACUCCAAGGUCGCCCUGAGCAACGGCAGGCCGGUUCCAGCCGUCCUGCUGGCCAACAAGUGCGACCAGCGCCGCCUGGGCCUGUGCCCCAAGCUGCCCAAGCUGGAGGCCUUCUCCCAGGAGUACGGCUUCGUCGGCUGGUUCGAGACCUCCGCCAAGGACAACACCAACAUCGACGACGCCAUCAGCUGUCUGAUGAAGAGCGUCAUGGCCGUGGAGGAGGAGAGGGCGGCCAACGGCGGCGCCAGGGCCGAGGCGGACGGCGGCGUCCUGGUGCUGCCUCGCUUCGACUACAACAUGAAGGAGAAGCGGCUCGGCGGAUGCUCGGGGUGCGACUCGGCCAAGCCCAAAGAGCGCGACUGACGGCCGGGGUCAGGGGUCAGGGGUCGAGCUGAAGGACUGGAGACGGACCAUCUUCUGCUGAAAAACAGGGAAAUGAAAUCCAAACCAAACGGACUCCUGAAGAAAAAAGACUGGACAGUGACAAUGUAUUUCAUUUUAAAUGUUUUUAAGAAGAAAAACGGUUUGAUUUGUUGUGGAGGUUUUUAUUGCUACGUUGUUUCCAGAGUCUUAAAUACUUCUACUGUCUUCAA